UCUUGGGUUUCCAACAGGAACUCGGUCCAACGCAACCCUAGCUAGAUAUUCAGCUGGGCCGCCUUGGCUUCCUUUUAAAACCUCCCUUCGUAUGGUAAGAAAUGAUGAUGAUAUCAAGAUGAGUUUCUUCCGACGAUGCCUAGUUCUUCCACAAGUGUCGGUAGCCUUCGUCAUGACUGUGUACCUUUCAGGUGUUUGGUGGGUGAACACUCAUCUGAUGACUUCCCAUGGCGAUCAUCACCAGCUCACUUCCACCACAACAAACCUGACAAGAAAAGUACUCCAAUCCAACUUUUGCCCGCAAAAUCAACACAAGAAGAUGAUCCGAAUCACGCCAUAAUCCCCCCGUUGGAUGCUGAAUUUCCCUUGGAACCAAUGCCCCGUCCUCCCUUGGAGUCGAUCAUUCAGGGUUGGAACAUUACAGGGGACGCCUCGUGGCUGUUGAAUGUGGCCAUUAUUGGGUUUCCGAAAACAGGCACUUCCACGUUGAUGCGAUAUCUGCACAAGAGUCCCCGAGUGCAUGUCUUUGAUGAAGAGCGUUGUGAAAUGGGAUACAAUCAACAUGCGCGUCUCAUGGAGAGUUUGUACAAGGAUAUCCCCCCGGGGCAUACGCUACGAGGGAUCAAGUGCCCAAGAGAUUUGGAAUCCAAUUUGGCACUGCACAAUUAUCAAACCUAUUUUCCAAAGACCGACUUUUUGGUGGGUCUACGACAUCCUGUAUUGUGGUUUGAAUCAUUUUACAAUUUCAGAGUCAACAAUUACUUUUCCAUGCCACCCGCUGAAACCCUGACCGGACGAUGUGCCCGACGACAUCAAGGAUUGUGUACCUUUCGAGGCAAUUUUCACUUGUUCCUCACCAAUCUGGGAAAAACCAAUAUACUCUCCAAUUCAGCAGAAAAGGCACUGAUUCCACCCGAAUAUCACAAAAUGAUUCAACCGAUUCCCUGGCAAGGACGCGUCUUUUUGUGGGAUGUUUCGCAACUCCAAACCGAUCAAGAAUUGCUCCAAAACAACAACCAUUCAUCCUUAUUAUUACACCUGCACCAACACCAACACAGCAAUCUCCAAUUCCGACAUGACUUGCAAAAAUUUCUACGACUGGACGAUUCACUUCCCGAAAUGAUCAAAAUCAAACCAGGAUUUCAUCAUCGCAAGAAUCAAACGGUCGCCCAACAAGUGGCGGCACAAAAAAUCGAUAUUUGCCAACCACGAUAUGAGUCCAUUCGCCAGAUACUUGUGAGACAGGGAAAACUGGCAGCCACGUGGAUUCGGGAGUACUUUUUGGAGGCACCGGGAGUGUACGUGUCGCAAAAGGAGUACUUCUGUCAAGUCAUUUUGAAACAAUGGGAACAGGAUCCUUGUGAAUUCCGGAAUUUCUGAGUACACACAGCCCUACCGUACCGUAGUUCCAUCUCUAGAUUCCAAGCAGCCAGCGAACUGAUUGGUGUAUUGUUGUUAUAUGAAUCAAUCUAUUCAGGUGUCUUUUUCCUGGUAACAGAAAGCACCCUGCUUUUGAAAUAUUUGAGGCAGUGGUACCGGUAAUGUACUACUUUUCCACAGCUUACAAGCUACCAGUAUCUGCUUGAGGCUUGAUACGGUAUCACACAUGAAUUUGGCUGCGGGUGGGUGGCGCGCCUCUAGCUAUUAAGCAUUGUCAUCAUCAUCUGUCUCUCCCAUUUGCAAUAUUAUGUCGCCUCGCUUUCUUCAAGCUCCCCGGGUUUGAAGUCCGAACACUGCAUGGCCAGCAGCUACUAGAGCACGUACAUUGGCGGUACAGUAUCUUUCAUGCGUCCUGCAUGGUCAGCAUCACCAUAUAUCCGCUACUCGGUAUCCUUCUGGGAAUGGAUCCUCGGGAUCUAACACCACUUGUGAAUACUGCGUAAUAUAAGCCGAUCCUUCCACUUGAGGAAUAAUGGCAGGUCGAUGAUCCUCCUCGCUGCUGACUGUGGUGCCCUGGACAAUGG